CCGCCUACACUCAGUUCACUGAGUACCGGUAAGAGAAGCAAGGGCUGGUAAACACUAGCACGGCAAAGCAACCACCUACUACCAGGCUAAAAAGAGGGACUGACAUAACGAACGCCAUUCGUUAUAGGUACAGUUCUCUUACUGCUGCGGCACUCGAUUGGCGAACUGUGGAGAAUCACGUAUGCUUCUGCCACGACAGUUGUGUGUAUUGCCCAGUCAACUGUAAGCAGCGGAUUACUGUGUGGCAUUGUAGACCAAGUCAACCAUCCUGUCCAACAUGCCGCUAACGCACAUAAAACGACGUGAAUGCCGCACCGUUGCCUGUGUUGUGACGGUGGCCCCAAGUUUUUGUUUUCCGGAGUGGGUUUUGACUGGGCGCAGCUGCAUGAAGAGGCCCAAACUUCUUGUCGACGUGCAAGUGAGUUGUGUCUCUCUGGUGGAUAACCAAGGAAGAGGGGGUUCUGAUAGAAGCGAGCUUCUUGGCGGUCCAACGUGGUGGUCGUAGAAGUCGGGACCAGUAUUCCUCACGACAUUCGAGGAUUGUUUUGGGUAUGCGUAGUGCCAUUGAUCUCGGAAGGGUCUGGAGCUUUGUGGUCGUACAAAAGGAAGAUUUGACAAUUAGUGUCGAGACUCGGAGUGCGAACGCAUUCACGGACAGCCGAUUUCGAUGUGCAGUGCGGUUUAUUCGGAACGUCCCGCUGCACAUCCGUGCUGCGGCGGAAUCUUGGAACAUGACUCUGAACCACUAUUUGUUGAGCCUGCCUAGGCAGCAGCGAUAGUGAAGAUCGUGAAGGCUCGAUUUUCACUCAUAUCGUUGCUGUUCGUUGACUUCGAGGCGCGAGGAUCGCCGUCAUGAAAAGCUCUCGACACAGCCGGCAAUCGCCGAAGCGUACGCUCUCCCCUUCCCGGCCGGAUCCUGGUAAUGGCUCACGAGCAUUUUUGCCUCAUAUGCGCAUCUGUCGGACGUGGCGUCUCUGUCCGGAUGGGUUUUGUUUAUUAACGUUGAGUUUUGCCAGCGAAGCGUGCCAUUGGGAAGUUCCACCUGGUUCACCCUUGUGGUGUUGAAGAAACUCCGGGUGUCUUCCACUGUUGCCACCCUCCCCCGUUCUGGGCAGUUCCCUCCUUGCACUGGUGACUUUUGCCGAUUGGGUUAUCUGGGGAAAAUUGUGAGAGGGCGGAUAAAAACGGACAAAGGCACUUGGUGGUUGAAAAAAGAUCAGUUCGAUAAUUGCUCCCACAACUGACUCGAGAUAAACCCCUUCGUCCGUUCGUCUCAAAAGGGGAGGCUGAUCCCCGGCUCGUCUUGCACGGGCGUCCGGAGAGCCUCGACUCGUGCCACCAGCUGUCUAUCGAUGAUAUUUUCGAUUGUUUUUCUUUCCUUAUCCGUCUGCAGUUGUUUCAUCGUGGGUUCUGAAUUGGCUGAUCAGUCAGUCCUGGGUUGCCACUGUGCUCUCUCAACAGGGCGCGGAAUUUUUGCUAGGUGGCCGCUUGAACCCACCGUUGCAUCCGCCAGGAGUGAAGCCGCAGCACACCGCUGUUGUGUCUCAAAUUCACAGCUGGCAUCAGGGAAUAGUGGUCGCUGGCCGAUACUGCUGUACAAAUGAUUUCUCGGUAAAUCGAUCAUCCAAUUGUUUUUCAUCUGCCAUGAGGGGCAGUGUACUUGUUGUGACAAGGACAGUAGAUUGCCGCUUGUCACGAUUCCAGGGAAAGUGUUAUUUUCGACAGUGGCCAGUGAGCGGGACGACGCGCUCACAUCGUACACGUGGUUGGUACCUCACACUGCUCCUUCCACUGCAGAGUGCCGUGAUGGCGCACGUGCUGAUUUCUUCUCCGUCUACGGUUGAACUCGACGAGGAAACCCAGGUUUUCACGUCUUUACAAAAUGCCGCUUUAAUUCCUCGCGACAGGAGAAAGACAAGGACGCAUGUCCGCCUGCGUCGCAGUCGUUCCGGGGGCACUGGCAGUUGGAAACCGUUAGCCACGAGAGUUUUAAUCGUGACGUUCCUAGUAGCGCUGGCAGCAGUCGCCCUUCGAAGGUAUGUGUUACGCACGAGGUCUCGUUCGAUGUCCACCGUUUCCCAAGAUUCCGACAUCUCAGCUUCUCCACGAGAAACGGUCCUCGACGACCGCGCACGAUUCCGGGCAGAUGACGGAGGCAACGAAGGGGAAUUUGCCUUUCCCAGUUCGCCAGUCGAAAAUGUCGCUGCAGCUGUGGCCCGUUUGAACCAUGGUAGCACAACCGCUGACGAGCAACCACAUCGUGGUGGACAGGCCGAUGCAGCGCUGGAGCUACUACGACCGCCAACUCCCUCUUGGGGAAACCAAGAGGCUCCCGAGGGUGUGACGGGGCGAAUCACAGAAGCUGUCGCCAUGCCGCUCCCUGCUAUCGAUUCACUCGGCGAGCGACCGCACAAUGGUGAACAGGCCAGUGCAGCGCUGGAACCACCAGGACCGGCAACUUCCCCUUGGGGAAAUGAAGAGACUCCCGAUGGUGCGACGGGGCGAAUCACAGAAGCUGUCGCCAUGCCGCUCCCUGCUAUCGAUUCACUCGGCGAGCGACCGCACAAUGGUGAACAGGCCAGUGCAGCGCUGGAACCACCAGGACCGGCAACUUCCCCUUGGGGAAACGAAGAGACUCCCGAGGGUGCGACGGGGCGAAUCACAGAAGCUGUCGCCAUGCCGCUCCCUGCUAACGAUUCAUUCGGCGAGCGACCACACAAUGGUGAACAGGCCAGUGCAGCGCUGGAACCACCAGGACCGGCAACUUCCCCUUGGGGAAAUGAAGAGACUCCCGAUGGUGCGACGGGGCGAAUCACAGAAGCUGUCGCCAUGCCGCUCCCUGCUAUCGAUUCACUCGGCGAGCGACCGCACAAUGGUGAACAGGCCAGUGCAGCGCUGGAACCACCAGGACCGGCAACUUCCCCUUGGGGAAACGAAGAGACUCCCGAGGGUGCGACGGGGCGAAUCACAGAAGCUGUCGCCAUGCCGCUCCCUGCUAACGAUUCAUUCGGCGAGCGACCACACAAUGGUGAACAGGCCAGUGCAGCGCUGGAACCACCAGGACCGGCAACUUCCCCUUGGGGAAACGAAGAGACUCCCGAGGGUGCGACGGGGCGAAUCACAGAAACUGUGGCCACGUCGACCGUUGGUAGCAUAGCUCCUGCGGAACAGUCACAUAGUGGGGAACAAGCCGGUGCAGUGCUGGAGCCACCAGCAGCACCAAAGCCGUGGGGAAUUUUAGAUGCGGCCCUCGAGAAGGUGCGGGAAGAAAUUUCAAAACAACAGGUUCAACUACAUUUUGCAAUGCGUAGAGGGGACUCAGCAGAAGUUGAUGCGAGGAAGGAGAUGCUGCUUGACCUACUGAAGGGGAGGGCGUUGUUGCAGAGCAUUCCCGACGAGCCUGGUGACGGAGAAAUUCCUUGAAUUAUUUUCUACAUCGGGUUCGCAGGUCUUCCUUGAGCCACAGUGCGGCGACAUUUUGGAGGAUCUGUAGACUUCAGGCGCAUGAGUGUUGGAGAAGGUUUCAGCGGUUAUUGCCUGAUUCUUCGGUUAAGAGGAGCAGUGGUUGGAAGAGGAAGGUGCGAUGCUGACAUAGAGUUGCAAGCUUUAAUGACAACUUUCUUGAACAGGUGAAACACCGCGCACUUGCGAGGUUGCAGAGGCGAGUAUUUUGUCAACGACUGCUGUACUUGCUAGAGACCUCAGAAAGACGCUUACGCGGAGCUGGAGAAGUUUUGAUGCGGGCAAGAGGAGAGUACCCGAAAAUGGACCUCUACCUAAAAGGCGACACGGGCAGCGAUUGCACGAUACUUCGACAGCGACCCUACAAACGCGCUGGUUCACGAGCAUUAUGCUGAACAAGCCGCGGAGACAAAAGUCCAGAUCCCUGGUUCGCGUCAAGGAACAAAGGACGGAAUUACGGUCUGUUGCAGGAUCGCCGUCAGUCGCAUCCUCGAAUGGCGAAGGAGAGUACGUCGUUGGCAGAUCAUGUGCACUGGCAGAUCCCCAGUUACACUCUCAGGACGUCUAAUAUUCCUUCCUUCUUUUGGCAGCAUAGCUUCGCGCAGAUGACGAACAAACGAAACAAGGUAUCCGAUGGUACAGCAAUUUUGCAGGUGUUUUUCGGACAUUUGGUUUAGGUAUUAGUGCCGCUGUGCCUCAGGGAAUAAGCACGAUUACCCACCCAAAGUCAUUUAAGUCGUUACAGAGUUAUGCCGCUGCAUGCUUCUUUGGUGAUAAAUGCAAAGCAGCUUCCCCAGUUUCCGUUACACAAAUAAUAGGUGAAACCUUCUUUGCGCCUGCACACUGAAGCAAUGCAAAUGCAUUUAAAAGAAACGGUUGCAAGCGCUAUAUUUUAGGUUUGGCACAAACGAUUUCAGGAAUUCUAAAUCACGAUGUGCCCUACCGCGAGUUUCGGUACACAGUCGGCCCGCGCUCGACCGCGGGGUGUCCAGCGGCAUUACGUCAGUACUUCUUGUUAAUUUGGGGGGUUACUGAUUUGUGAAACAGGGAAAACGGAUUUCAAAUUGGUAUGCAUUUAAGUCUGUGCACCGCGGUCGUUCCGCGGAAUGGUGCCUCGGACUGUUUCGAGACUCUAAUGUGUAUCAGAUUAGGGUCUGGAGCUUUGUGGUCGUACAAAAAAAAAGAUUUGACAAUUAGUGUCGAGACUCGGAGUGCGAACACACUCACGGACAUCCGAUAUUGAUGAGUAGUGCCGAUUAUUCGGAACGUCCCGCUGCACAUCCGUGCUGCGGCGGAAUCUUGGAACAUGACUCUGAACCACUAUUUGUUGAGCCUGCCUAGGCAGCAGCGAUAGUGAAGAUCGUGAAGGCUCGAUUUUCACUCAUAUAGUUGCUGUUCGUUGACUUCGAGGCGCGAGGAUCGCCGUCAUGAAAAGCUCUCGACACAGCCGGCAACCGCCGAAGCGUACGCUCUCGCCUUCCCGGCCGGAUCCUGGUGACGGCACACGAGCAUUUUUGCCUCAUAUGCGCAUCUGUCGGACGUGGCGUCUCUGUCCGGAUGAGUUUUGUUUAUUAACGUUGAGUUUUGCCAGCGAAGCGAGCCAUUGGGAAGUUACGCCUGGGUCAUUCUUGUGCUGUCAACUGGACUGCCCAUGUGUCCAAGCGACGCCACUAUCCCCUGUUCUUGGCGGUUUCCUGCUCGCACAGGUGACACCAGCUGUCUCGGUCAACUGACGAAAACUGUGAAAAGAGUGGUGAAAAUGAACAGAGGAUAAGUCGCUUAUAAAGGCAGUUGUCGUGACACAACUGGCAGUAGGUAAAGGCCCUUUGACCACACUUUUCGAACACGGCAGACGGAUGCCCAGCUCGACCUGCU